CUGAGUCGUCUAAAGAAACGUUGACGUUCUCUUAAAGCCAGUACACGUCCAGAGUGAGCUAUCCUAGGGCCGGGGAGGAGUAUAGUAAAGUGGCAGGCUUCUAGAUACUGCUGGUCAGUAGCCCCUCUCCAUAUUAAGAACUAGCUCAGUCUGUGGUUCAUGACUGUUGCAGUCGGGGAUACGCACGCAUUAGCGCUCAUCAUGCCUGUUCGAGCUGAGUGCUGCAGCAGUGCGGCCCUUACAUCCUCGGCCUCUCUUAUCCCUCCUCCGCCGAUCAACACGCACCAGCCCGGGGUAGCUACUUCGCUGCUGUACAGCGGUUCACAGUUUCGAGGACAUCAGAAGAGCAAAGGAAACUCGUAUGAUGUUGAGGUCGUUUUGCAGCAUGUGACCAUGGAGGACUCUUAUCUGUGUGGUUACCUGAAGAUCAAAGGCCUAACCGAGGAGUAUCCCACUCUUACAACGUUCUUUGCAGGAGAGAUCAUCAGUAGAAAGAGGCCCUUUUUAACCAGGAAGUGGGACGCUGAUGAAGAUGUGGACCGCAAGCACUGGGGUAAGUUUCAGGCUUUUUAUCAGUAUGCAAAGAGCUUCAACUUGGACGACUUUGAUUACGAAGAGCUGAAGAACAGUGACUUUGUCUUUAUGAGGUGGAAGGAGCAGUUCCUGGUCCCGGACCACACCAUUAAAGACAUCAGUGGGGCGUCCUUCGCUGGUUUCUACUAUAUCUGCUUCCAGAAGUCCACAGCCACCAUUGAAGGCUACUACUACCACAGAAGCUCUGAAUGGUACCAGUCGUUAAACCUCACCCAUGUCCAGGAACACAGUAUGCCCAUCUACGAGUUCCGGUGAUACCCGCCCGCUGGCAGAGGGGACUUUGAUUGGCACUGCCCUAGAGACUUGCUCAUGGAGGGGGAGAUGAACUGACCAAUCAUGCCAAGGAUGUACCUAUCAGUAUUCCCUGGCGAAAGGGAGAGAACAAUGGAAGGAGGGAGGGAUAGACAAAGAACAAGGCCAGCGACCGACAGUUUUUCCCAGCCUGCCUUUCUCGACUUUGCAUCAGCUGGGAUCAACAGCACUUUUUCUUUGGUUGUUUUCUCUUCCCCACUCUUUCUCCAUUCAGCUUCCUGUUUUUGAAGCUACUUUUCCUCUUUCCACCAUGUUGAAAACGCUUUCCACUUUUCAGUUGGGAAUCCCCCCCCAGCCCCUCUGAAAAUGGGUCCCCCAGCAGUCUAAGAUUUAAGUACAAAGUUUGAUAUUGCAUUUUAAUUUGUCUCAAUGAAUUGAGGCCUGAUUGAGAUUGACUGAGCUACAGAGUGGGCAAGCAAUCCUGAAAAGAUGGAUCUCCAUAAGGUCUUGAGGUGUGACAUCAUCAAGGGUGUGCUCAACAGAAGAUUGAUGGUCAAUGAUCUGCCAUGAUGCAAGAUCUGCCGGCUUAGGCGGAUGACGUCUUGGUGAAGGUUGAUAUUUGAAGGCAGGGCAUAAUCAGAUGUGUGUUGUGGGCUAUUGAAACACAUAAUACCACACCGAUGGCUACUUUAAAUCUGUUCUCUCUCUGAGGUGGAGUCGACAUCGUCUGACCUAUAGAGGGAGUCCCCAUGCCCUAGUUCAUAUUGGCAGACAUAUUUCCAGGCUGCUGUUACUGCUGCUUUUUGAAAAGCCUCUCCUACCGUUCCCUGCCUCAACCAAGUGAACUGAUAAAGUGAUUUACGCUUCACUCAUUUUUCUAUGCAAUUUACAAAAAAAUGUCUUAUCCGGCGCUUACCUACUUUCCAUUUUAUUUUCAGAAAGGACUUUUAAAAAGUAUUAUGAUGUACAUGAGUGAUCACACGGCCACCAGAGUAUUUAUUGAAAAUGAAUAUUGUUGUUAAUUUACAUAUGUGUAUAGAUAUAUAAUAAAGAGUUGUUUUUAUUCACCAGGCUUUUAAACUGCUUUGACACAGCUAUUUGAGGGUAAUGCUCUGGUGUCUUGAGUUAUGUGUGGUGGCUCUGAAGUACUGGUGGAAGAGAGUGUGUUGUGCAGAUUGAGCUUGGGCUGCAUUUAGACAGAUCAGAAUUGGCCUGCCUGUUUUUCACUAAUUGCUAUUUGGACCAAUCAGAUCUUUUUCAGAGCUGAUCUGGUCAAAAGACAAAUUUAGUGAAAAAUAUCAGAAUUUGGCUGCCUGUCUAAACGCAGCCAAUGAGUUGUCUGUGUGGUGACGCUAAUGCUAGAGCGCUACAAAUCAAAGUGUGUGCAGUGGACUAAAUGCCAUGGGACAGAUGAGAGUGAGCUAGUAUAGAGUUUUGGCUGGAUGAAAAGAUGAGGUAUAGAAAUAUUAUGAUUAGAAUGGGCACAAGUAAGUAUUUCGUAAGACGCUGAUGACCAAACAAGAUAUGGAUUUUGUGUUGGUACUGUGCAGUAUGCUGCGUUUGAACCUGACUCAACACAUGUACAGUAUUGCUGACAGUCAAUGAUUUUUAACGAGGUCGACCCAUUCUGUUAAUUUUAUUUCUACAUUUCUGAUGUAUUGAAUGUGGCAGGCAGCUAACUGAGCUGUCUCCUCUGCGUUCUUCACUUUGCCCCUAAUUAUACCAACGCACAACCGGUGUGUCUCUCUCCUGUAUCAUUCUGACGUCUUUUCCAUUCACAGAAUGAGAAAUAGUGGUGUUACAAAACCUUGAUGACAUGUGAAGAAGUGUUUUCUUAGAGUAUAAAAUAAACUGACAAGAACAUC